AUCGAUCGAUUGUUCUUCCUCUCGUCGACCUCUACAUGGUCAGCUCGGGUGAAAUGUCCUUUAAGCUGCAAAAUGCUCCAAAGUCAUAGCUUUACUCCGAAAUGCACCUGAACCUGAAAACAUACCUAGAAGAGUAGAAAACAUAGAUAUAUAUAUAUAGUAAAACACCUAUUUACUAUGGAUGAAAACGGGUCAAAUCCAAGGUAUAUCACAUCUACUGUUUACUUAAUGCAAUACUUUCUAUGAUUUUUACAUCAUGAGGAUCCACUAAAGCCCUAAUUGCCUGAAGGUUCCAAGUUUGGGAUUCCGAUUUGAUGAUCCGGAUAACUGUGUUGAAGGUUUUUGUUAGCUGAUCUCGGGCGAAAGGCUGGGAUCCAAAGAUCAUUCCAUACCGAAAUAGAUGAUCAUGUUUCCACCCUUUUAAUUAGUCCUUUACAAACCAAACAUCUAGCAGAUAUAAUACUCAUCUAGCCAUAUCACGGGGAGUAAGAGCGGAUCGGUUCUAGAGGUGAAGCAUUCCUAUAGUACUGUGCUUUGAAAACUCUAGCAAAAAGAGUAUUUGGCUUUUCGAUCAGCCUCCACAGUUGCUUUCCAAGCAUCACCGUGUUAAAAUCCAUAAAAUCCUUAAAACCUAGUCCACUAUUGUCUUUAGGCACACAUAACUUAUCCCAUGAUUUCCAAUGCAUGCCUUUUGUACUCCCUCCUAGACUCCACCAAAACUGAGCUACUGCACUCGUUAAUUUCUUUACUGUAGCUUUUGGUAACCGAUAAACAGACAUAUAAUAUGUACGUAUAAUAUACCUCCCAAAUUCUGUGUACAAUAAAGUGACUUAGCAAAUGUAUGAGAUAAAUGAAAAAUAAAAAUUAAUUAAGUAAAAAAAUUAUUAGGUUUAUAAAUUUGAUUAAUAUUGUUAAAAUAGUUUAAAUUUUCAAUAAGUAAUUUAUAUGACUACGCGAAUUCAUUUGAAAAUUCAAAAUAAAUUUUUUAAAGUUAUUUAAAUCUUAGGAGUGUUACGAAUAAGAUUACAUUUAAUAGAGAGUACCAAAUUCAAAUACAGUUACUAAUUCAACGAAGCAACGUGAUUUACAAUAAGACUAGUGGUUGCAUCCCUUAACAAAUAAUUGCAAUGCUCAGACAUUAUUGAAGUUAUUAACCUUCCAUAUAUUUUUUCCACUCAUAAAUGACAACAGUAAAUUCUUUUGGCAGUUUUUUGAACUUUGUCUAUUUCACUAUACUUAGAGGGAAGGAGAUCUUUUAUCUGUUACUUGAAAUCUUUUUAGUUUAUUAAAUAUUUUAUUUUCAAAGCAGAAUAUGUACAUCUAUGAUAUAUCAUGCAAAUUUUGUAUAUGAUCAAAGAAAUUAAUAAUAUUUGAUAUAAAUAAAAUAAAAUAAUUAAAUAAGUUAAAAUAAAAUAUAAUUGUUAAGCAUAAUAUUAUACUAAUGUUUUUAAACAAUUUAAUUUUUUAUUAAAGAACUUGUAUGUCCGCGCGAAUGCGCGGAUUUGUUUCCUAGUGUCAUAUAAUAUCACAUGUUCUAUGUUCUUUGUGCUCCAUCUUGUUAGUUUCAAACUCAAUUUUAUUGUUAUUAUACCUGUUAAAACUCUUUUUUACCAAGAAGCACAUAUGAUAUUUUUGUGUGUUUUUAUAAUGAAAGGUCUUAUUUUCCUAAUAAUAUUGUUUUAAGUUUGGAUAAAAAGUAACGUAAAAAGCGGCGAUGAGAAAUGCGAUCUAGGGUUACGAUGAUUCUACGGUAUUGGGAUCCUGGGAUUAGAGAGGAAGAGAGUUUAAUGGGUAGAUUGGAAUCGGAGAUUGGAAUUGGAGAUGGUACUUUUCAAGGACAGAAGGCUGAAGAUGGAAAUUCGAGAUUUUCUUUUGACUUUGGAUAGUUUGGUUUGAUCACGGUUACAAUGAAAAUGGGGAGUUUACGACAACUAAGGAUCACGGAGAUUCGGAUUUUGAUUUCGAUCCUCAUCAAGAUGAAAUCGAUUUGAUAUGAAGAGUCAGCUUCUGGGCAAUGCGGGGGAGGUGAAGAACGGAGAAGGAACUCGCAAACGUUUGAAGAUCUCGGUGCCCCAUUUCGAUAACUCAGCUCUCAUCAAGACCUUUUCCAAAACACUGAUUGGAAGAUGUAUGAAUCCGGAGGAGCAAGAGAUGAAGGCUCUGAUUUCGAAUCUUCCGAAAAUAUGGAAAUUGGAAGAGAGGGUAGUUGGUUCAAAUUUGGGUUUUGGUAGUUUCAGUUUGACCUCGAUAAGGAGGAGGACAUGGAGAGGGUUCUUAAGCUUCAAUCCUUUCAUUUUGAUUAUUGGAUGUUGUCCUUGGCGCGCUGGCAACCUAAGAAGUCCUUGCUCUACCCGUCGUAGAUAACCUUUUGGGUUCGAGUUAUAGGAGUUCCGGUGGAGUUCAAAACAGUACCCACUUUUGAGAGCAUUGGUGAGACCAUUGGAAGGGCGGUGGCUGUCGAUUUGGAUCAUUCUCGUGUUCAGGUGGUGGUCGAUGCUUUCAAAGAGCUUUGUUUCGAAACCACAGUAGACUUCACAGGCGGGGAGUUCUAUGAUGGUGAGGAAGUUCUGGUAUCGUUGCGUUACGAGAAGCUAUUUGGAUAUUGUCAAGUUUGCGGCAGUCUUUGUCAUAAAGACGAAGUAUGUUCGUUAGAUAUGAAGAACACCAAGAAGAGUCCAGAGAAGAAACAGGAAGGAAGAGAUGGAAGUGGUGCGUGGUAUGAUGGAGGAAAGUAUGAUGAUCGUGCAAGAAGUUAUAAAGGUGUGGUCAUCAAUGGGAACGCAAAUCAACGGAAUAAAGAAAGAGAAGGCCGGAGCAUUAUGGCAAGGGAAAGGGCAAAAUGGUGGAGGAAACAGAUUCUAAAUGGAUGAAGGUGUCAGAGAGAGGAAGUAAGAGAGCAUACAAUAACUGUGGAAAAUAUAGAGGAGAUGGGGAAGCUUCUCGUUAUAGACCUGCGUGGAGAGAGGAUACAAGGCUUGGCGCUCAAAGUGGAAAAAUUUGACCCUCUUCAGGAUAGGCUAGAGAGCAACAGCUUCAACGAGAUGUUCGUGAGGAAGUUCGUGAGCUGGACAAAGCUCAGGCUGAUGGAACGGAAGUAAUCUUGGAUCCUAUUGAUGCGGAUCAAGGGCUGGCAGCGGUCCUUGGUAUGCAGGAGGAUCAGGUAGAUUUAGAUGAUGAGGAUGUAAUGGACAUGGAUGAGAUUAAGGCUCAUUUACUUGAGAAUGGGAUAGAUAUGGAUGUAGAGGAUUUUCUAGAGAAGCUAUUGGAGGAAGAAAUUGAGGAAGUGGUCAAAGGACAGGAAGAGGAGCAAGGCCCGCCUGGAGGAGAUGUGGGGAAGAAGCAAGGUUUACGCAAGAGGCUAUUCAAGCCUACAAUAAGCACUGCGGGAAGCACUAAAAUGAGAGUGUUCAAUGCGCUUGCAUCACCACGUAAGCAAGCUGCAGCAAAGACAGGAGCACGACAGGGAGAUAACAGUAAGCAAACGAAGAGUAAGGGUACUUCAAACCCGAAACUUGGGCAUUAGAGGAUCUGAUUCAUGGAUAGAGUCUUCCUUCAAGAAUUUUCAAGCAGGCAGGGUCUGUCUUAUGAUUUAGUUUGCUUUCCGAUUUUAAUAAGCUUUAUGAGCACUUGCACCUUAUUUGUUUCUAAGAGUAGUAUGAGUCUGGUUUUAUCUGCGUUUUUAUGGUUGCUGUUAAUGGCUUUCCUUGAGGUAAAGCAAUGGAAUAAUAAAAGAGUCUUGCGUUAUUGGUAUUUUCGGCUAUUCAUGGUAACGUGCAUUUGUAAUCGACUUGAUCAUCUAUGUGGAUAUAGGAAUAUGAUGUGGGAUAAUGGUAUAAUUGGUAUGAAAUGGAAUCAGAGAUAUAGUGGUCUUGUGGUAAGAAGGAGCCGUAUGUUAAGUUCGUUAGGUCUCAAGAAUGUUCUUGUCCAGUGGUGGCAAAUGCAAUUAGGGGUUCUUGGUUUUGUUAUUUUGGCAACUGUGAUCAAUGACUGCCCCAUUAACCAGUUGUUAUUUUUCUAUCAUUAUAUUGUUGGCAUAAAGUGGAAUGUGUUAGUUUUGGUAUGUUGUCAUCUUGGUAGAGUAAGACCUAUUUUGCUUAUAUACGCUCAAUGCUCGGAGAGAUUUUGGUUUACUGGAUAUGGCUUUGCAGGUUUCUUUUUAGGGAUAUCUUGGGGAGUAUGGACUAUCCUCUUAUAUGUGAAACGGUGUGGGAGCGUUGUUUGUCUUUGGUAUCAUCAAACCAUGAUCAGAUACAAUCUGGAUGGAGAGGAUCAAAUUAUGAUACCCGUGAGAUGAGAGAUGACGGGUUUUGCUCAAAGCAAGGAGAUAGUGAGAAUUGGUGUUUUGGUGAAACAAGCUGGUUUGAUGUAGCUAUUAACUGUGACGAUAGAGUUGUAUCUUUAUUUAUGGUAUAUAAUUUUUGGUUUUUGCGGUUUUUGAGAUUGCCGAUUUCCUUUAAAUUAUGGAAGCGGUUUUCAUUGAUCUGGAGGCUAAGUGAUACAAAUUGGAUAGUACCAUUAGAAUCAUUUUGGAUUUUUAUGAGAUAGUUCAGGUCACAAAGAAAGGAAAAUAGUCGGACUGUGGAAAUAUGGUAUCAUUACACCCGUCGACUUGGCUCUCCGGAGCAAAUAAAGAACAAAUUUUUUUAAUGAAGUUAGAAUUGCCGAGGAAUGGGAAGUAAGUGGACUAUAAGCUCUUUGAGCGAGAUAAGGCAUAAACAUAAACCGGAUUUUUUAUUUUUAGCAGAAACAAAGCAAGAUUCAGAGUUUGUCCAAAACUUUCAAGCUCACUUUGGAUUUGAUAAUCUGGUCAUAGUAGACCCAGUGGGGAGAAGUGGGGGGUUAAGUUUUUUUUAUAAUAAUGAGUAUAAGGUUAAGGUAUUAUAUUCUAGCAACUGAAUGAUUGAUGUGGAAGCGGAGGCUUUGGGCAAAACGGCUUAUCUUACUUUUGUGUAUGUGGAUCCAGUUCAAAAAAAUGCGGGAACAAGUGUGGGAACGGUUAACUAGAUAUGGACUGUCGCGAUCCGAACCAUGGUUCAUUAUUGGUGAUCUCAAUGAGAUUACUGGAAAUCAUGAAAAAGAUAGAGGAUCUAUGAGGGGUGCGGAUUCUUUUAUUCCUUUUAAUAACAUGAUAAGAAAUAGUGGUUUAUUAGAAUUUUCGGCUAGGGGAAACAAAAUGUCAUGGCAAGGGAGAAGAGGAAAAGGGAAAGGGGCAGUGAUGGUUAGAUGUCGUUUAGAUCGUGCUUUAGCAAAUGACGAGUGGCAUACUCUAUUUUCAUGUUCUUUUACAGAGUAUCUUGGGAUGGUGGCUUCUGAUCAUCGGCCAGUGGUGGCUUAUUUAGAAGAUAAAGUUCACAGGAGGAAAGGACAUUUUCGGUUCGAUAAGAGGUGGAUUGGACAAACGGGUCUUCUGGAAUCAAUUACUAUGGGUUGGAUAGACAAUAACGAAGGAAAAGUAGAAGGGGGAGCAGAGAGUAUAGUGGCAAAAAUUAGUAAUUGUCGUCAUGAAAUUGCUAAAUGGCGUAAAAAUAAUCCACCUUUUGGAAAAGAAAAAAUAAAUGUGUUACAACAAGCACUUGAAGAGGUACAAACAGAUAAUACCAGGUCUCAAGAGGAUAUUUUGGAGGUGUCUAGGAAGUUACACGAUGCAUAUAAGGAUGAAGAAGAUUACUGGCACCAGAAAAGCAGGAACAUGUGGUAUUCAUCUAGGGAUCUUAACACAAAAUUUUAUCACACUUUAACUAAGCAACGGCGGGUUCGUAACAGAAUUGUUGGACUGCAUGAUGCUGAUGGGAAUUGGAUUACAGAGGAUAAUGGUGUGGAAAAGGUGGCAAUAGACUAUUUCGAAGAUGUAUUUAGUACCACCUCCCCAUCGGAAUUCGAUAGUUUCUUGACAGAGGUUACACCGGGUAUCACUCCUCAGAUGAAUCAACGUUUGUUGAGGCUAGCGACGGAUGAGGAGGUUAAAGAGGCUUUGUUUAUGAUGCACCCAGAAAAGGCGCUAGGACCGGACGUCAUAACAGCUCUAUUUUUCCAACACUAUGGGCAUAUUAUAAAGAAUUAUUUGGUAGGAAUGGUGAAUAAUUUCUUGGUUUUGGGAGCAAUGGAUACACGAUUAAAUAUUACUAAUAUCUGUAUGAUCCCAAAAACUGAGAAACCUACAAGGAUGACGGAAUUGAGGCCAAUCAGACUCUGUAAUUCCACGAAGAUGAUGUUUUACAGAUGGCUCAUGGAAAGAGGGUGAUACCUUUUCAGGACAAGGUUGGUUCAGCACCUUAGAAGGAUUUGAUGGAUUGUUGUGGGAGAGGAAUGUUAGGGCUAGUCUCUCUCCCCUUCAUGCGAAGAUGUAAGCGCUACUCUGGGCAAUGGAAUGUAUGAGGAUUUACGUCAAUUUCAGGUUACGUUUGCAACGGAUUGUUCUCAAUUGGUGAAGAUGGUUUCAGAACCAGAAGAAUGGCCAGUUUUUGCAAAUUAUUUAGAAUAUGUCAAGAUCCUGAAAGAGAGUUUCACCCGAUCAACGAUUAUCUAUGUACCAAAGACGCAAAAUUUAAUGGCGGAUAGACUAGCAUACAGUGUUAGGAAGUAACCGUCUUUUGUCGUUCAGAUGGAUGCAGAUCAUCCGGUUUGGUUUACAGAGUCAGUAUGAGUCUGUAUACGUUUAUGACAAAAAAUAAUAUAUAUAUAUAAUGAAAGGUACUCCCGUAAAAAAAUUGUUUUUAGAAAACCCUUUAAAUUUUAAUGAUGGUAUGUUUCAUUCGCCAUUAACCUGAUAAAAUAUAAUGAAGACAUAAAAAUAUUAAUUUAUAUAUAUAUAACAAAAUAAAGUGUAGGAGUAUUAUAUAUUAUAUAAAUAUAUGAUAGGUUGAAUCAGUGAAUAAAAGCAUAACAAGACUUUUAGCGGUAAGUGGUUACAUAAUAGUUCAACAAGAAAGCAAAAAGCAAUAAGAUAACGUGGUUAAAAAACUAAGAAAAUCAUUUUAAUUGUAGCUUUUGAUACUGUUUUUGUGAUUGGUAACAAUGAAAAUGGUACAACUUACUGAAACAGUAAAAACUUACUAAUCAAAACAAAUAUAAAGAUUAAAAAAACAAAAAAUAUCUAUUUUGUGAAAUAUAUUAUAUAUAUUGGUUCAGUUAUAUAAUAUUAUAUUUCAAAAAUGCUUUUAAUUAACAAAAAUAAAUUAUA